GAUUUGACCCGCCACAACGUCUCUCUGGGAAAGAUGAUCGUUGAUGAGACUUAUCUCUUUCUCAACCGGAUACAAGAGAGAAGGUUCGACGAAGAAACUCUUCGGAUUCUCGAGUUGUCUCUGGUCGCAAUGAAUUUGAAAUCGUUUUCAGAGAUCAGAUCCCGAUUGAGAAAUUUCAUGAGAUCUGAAUCGGCUGCUAUAUUCGGUGAGCUCUCUGGAGAAUCGAUCGUUGCAAAGCUCUCCGUACUUGAAUUCUUCGCUCGUGCUUUUGCUCUCAUCGGUGAUUUGGAGAAUUGUUUGGCUAUAAGGUAUGAGGCGUUAAAUUUGAGGGAGCUCAAGUCUCCUAGCUGUUUGUGGUUAAGAGUUUCACAUUCAGAAUGGACCAAAUUUGCAGUCCAAUCUAUGGAAAAUGGAUUCCCCUCUAUUGCAGGAAAGGCCUAUGAAAAUGCGCUAUUGUGCCUUAAGAAGGAUAGUCGUAUUGAACCAAAUUCAGAGGAGUUUUCUGAAAUAUUAGAUGCUUCUGAGAACGCAAGGAGACUAAGGGAUUCAGCUGCCUCGUUAACAUCUUCACAUUCAGUUCAGGCACAAGGUGCAGAGUACUUGAGGAGCAAAGAAGUGAGGAUGCGAACCAGGCAGACUCACCACACUAAAAAUCCAUACUGCACAGGUAGCAAUUUGUUCAGAGAAGGAAUCAAGAAGCGCAACCAAAGAAGGUUGGAAGAUCUCCGUAGCAUUCAGAUGAUCCGAGAUACAGUACCAGAUUCACGUUGUGUUUGACGCAAUUGCUGCUACAACCGUUACUGCCCUUUUGCUACUUCAUGUUCAUUAAAAUUACAGGUCACAAGUAACAAGUGUUCCCGUAGAUACUUUGAAUACUAAUCCAAACCAGCAAUGGCAAAAUCAAGACAGCACUCAAUGUUGUUCCUAAAAAUUGGCAGUUUGGUCAAAACUCUUUGUUUACAUCAUUAUCUUUUUCCUCCUCUCCUGAAAUUUCUCUUCAACUGCAUCGCAGCAAGACGCUAUCGGAUUCUGAAAAGAGCAUGAAGAUUGAACUACUACGACACUACUCUAGGCUAGGAAGAUUGAUCUCGAGAAAUAGACUCUCCGUCGGGUUUGCUGAUGCUUAAGGUGUGACGUAUGUGUCUGUGCCUCCGAGACUAAUGGCUGUUUUUGUUUGGUGGCUGGGAAGGUAGUAUUUCAUCUGAACUUUGUCAUAUGAUUGCUUAAUGUACUCUCGGAUUUGCGUAUCUUGUUUUUGGAUGGGUUCGUGAUUUGACACAUUCGUUACGCUUUUGAUGGUUAUACGUUUGAAGAAAAUUAAGUUGUCUCAUA